AUGGGGUACAACCCAAACCAGCAACAGCAACAGCAGCAGCAGCCAAUAUACCCACAAGCUACUGCUUUUGGGCAGCCCAACUUGUACGGAAUGCAGCAACCACAGGGUUAUAUUCAAACACAGCCUACUGGGUUUAUCGGAGCACCUAGUGUGAUUGAAAAUCAAGAGCUUAAAAUUCCCAGUAUGAGGCUUUCAUUUAUUACAGCUGAGGAUCAGAAAAAGUUUGAACAUCUAUUCAGAACAGCGGUACCACGAGGUGAGCUGUCAAUCAGUGGUGAUCUGGCCAGUAAUAUUCUUUUGAGAUCUGGAUUGUCACCGGUGGUAUUAGCCCAGAUAUGGACAUUAUCUGACUUUGACAAAACGGGAGCUUUACUCUUUCCCGAAUUUGCGUUGAGCUUACAUUUGUGCAAUUUGGUAAAACGCGGAGACUCUCUUCCUGGCGUGCUUCCAGAGAAGUGGGUCAAUGAGGUGAAGAGCUUUAUUGACGCAAUCAACUUUAGUGUACCGGAUGAUCCUAACAAGAUCCUUGUCAAUACACCAUUUGCUAAGAAGGAUGAUUGGAUGACAGCAGCGCCACCUCAAGUUACUGGUAUUCAAGCUAAUAAUUGGGGAGCGACAACAUUGGCGCCUCAAGCAACUGGCUUUCAAUCAAAUAAUUGGAUUGCUCCACAAGGGACCGGGUUUAAUCAAAUUGCGCUCCAAGCUACAGGCUUCAAUCAACAACCAUCGAGCAUUAUUGCACAAGCCACCGGUGGGAUUGGUCUACCACCUACUACCUCGUUUGGCCAACAAGGAAGCCUUAUUCCCUUGAAGCCACAGCAAACAGCUGGCUUAAUUCAAAAGCCUACUGUUAUUCAACCACAAACUACAGGGUUCUUGUCUCAGCAACGCACGAGCGGUUUGGUACCUCAGAUUACAGGACCACAGGGACCCAGAGUAGGUGGAUUGUUACAGCAAACAACUGGCUAUCAGCAACAAACAGGUGGUGGUUUCAACACUAUUGGCUUGCAAGCGAAUAGAACGGGGCCAAUGCCGCAACAGCUAACCGGAUAUUUGCAACAACAGCCACAACAACAACAGCAGCAGCAACAACAACAACAACAACAACAACAGCAACAACAGCAACAACAAUUACAACGGCAAUCAACGGGAUAUUUGCAGCAACAACAAACUGGACUUUUGCAACAACAACAAACUGGACUUUUGCAGCAACAACCAACGGGAUAUUUGCAAGCACAACCUACAGGGAGACCUGGUGAGUGGGGAUUUGUAACAAUGCCCACAGGAGGAAUGCCUGGGUUGAACACUAUGCACCAAGUAUUUCAUCCAAACAAUACUCAAAACUAUCACGACCUCAAUAAGGUUAUGACUAACAAUGCAGCUAGUAAUGUCACUUGGGCAAUAUCUAAACAGGAGAAGCAAAUAUAUGACAAAUUGUUCCAAGCAUGGGAUACUGGUAGGCAUGGUUAUGUUGAUUCUAAUGUAGCCUUGAAUGUGUUUACAAAGUCUGGGUUAAGUAGACAAGAUUUGGAGGCUAUCUGGACCUUGGCUGAUACAGACGAUGUAGGAAAAUUGAACAAAGAUCAAUUUGCUGUUGCAAUGCAUUUGAUAUAUAGAAGAUUGAAUGGAUUGGAAAUACCACUUAGGUUACCACCUGAAUUGAUUCCUCCCGCCGAUAAGACAUUGAGAGAUACAAUGGAUAGCUUGAAGAAUUCAUUAAAAAACGGUGGCCAAAAACAUACCAAAGCAAAGCCUCAAACCAAACCUGAUGGAACUAGGUUUAAGAAUGAUGACAAUGACUUUGGAUAUGUUUCGGGAUCUAGGUACAGAAGAAAAGGGGAUGGAAAUCCCUCCAAACCCAGAACGUCGAAAGAUUACGACCUUAGUAUUGAUGAUAUGAAGAAACUAAUACGAGAGAAGAAAAUCCUACUAGACGCAAUGGAUGUGGAGGAUGAAGAUAGAUUAUCAUCCGGUGUCAACAAAGAAGUGGACCGAUUGAAGAGUAAGAUAUUUGAGUUGCAAACAAGGAUGGUGUCGUCUGCAGAAAAAAGUCAAAAGGCGGUUUUACUCGACCGCUUGCAUCGUGUGGGAAGAGACAAUAUUCCAAAAUUGAUUGCAAGAUUGAACAAGGUUAAUCUGGAAAUAUCCAAGAAAAAUAUUGAGUUGACUAGGCUCAAGUUGAAGAAGGAAAACCCAACAUGGGAUGACAGUCAUGUUGACUUGAAUGUGACAAAUGACAGAAGCAAAUUUGACUUGAAGCAAAAGAUGGCAUUAUUAACAGGAAAAGGAGGAUCAGAUUUAAUAGAUAGUAAAUUUCGCAGUGCUGUUGAGAAAGCAAAUGCAGAAUUAAAAAGCCAGUCAGAUAUGGUUAAUGAGAUUGAAUCGGGAAUCAAGUCUUUGGAAGAUGAAUGUACAGCAAAGUUGAAAAUAUCAGCCAAGAACCAAGUGGGGUAUGAAAAGUGGGAGAAAGGUUUUGGUGUAAGUAAAGCGGUUGCCGAUUUCGUAAAAGAGUUGUCAAAGAUUAAUGCAAGAGCAGGGUCAGAAGCUGAAUCAAAAGUAGAGUCAAUAGCACAUCCAACCGUACAGCCAACCGUAGAGCCGAGUAUGAGUGCAUCAUCUGACGGAAAGUUAGCUGCCUCCCCGCCAUCAUCGUCCACUGCCAUUGCCACCGCGACUGCCACUGCCACCUCAUCGGUCUCCUACAGCACCCCUGAAGAAAGAGCUGCUUAUAUCAAAGCAGAAGCAGCAAAAAGAAUGGCAUCCAGACUUGAGAAAUUGGGUAUCAGUCGUACUAGACGUGCAGGUAGGAGUAGCAGCACCAAUUUAGAGAAACCAAAGGAUGUUGUGAAAGAAGGAAAUCAGGAGACGUCCACUCCAGUGAAGAGAGAGUCAAGAUACGAUAAAUCCGAAAGUAACGUAGCAGUAGAACCGGUUAAGCAGGUGCCUUUGCGUGUGCAAAAACAGCCAACAGGUGAACAUUUUAAAAACACUGUAACUAGAGAGGAACCAGUUAAAAGUACAGCAGAGCCAUUAGAACAGCAAAAAUUGGAAAAAGAAACUGAUGAGUUUGAGAGUACUAAGAAAGUUGCACCUAUACCAGACAUUGAGCAGAAACAGGUAAAUACAGCAGCCGUAUCUGAUAGCAAGUACCAACCAGUUGCCAACUCUAAAUUGGAAGUGCCAAGUGCCAAGUUUCAGCCAGAAGAGCCCGUCGUUAAGUCUCAACUAGAAGACUCAGCUGCCAAUCCUCAACCAAAAGAGCCAAUUGCCAAUACUCAACCAAAAGAGCCAAUUGCCAAUCCUCAACCAAAAGAACCAACUGCCAACCCUCAACCAAAAGAGCCAAUUGCCAAUCCUCAACCAAAAGAGCCAAUUGCCAAUCCUCAACCAAAAGAGCCAACUGCUAGUUCUCAAAUCACUUCAAUGCCUAAAGAGGUAACUGAGCCAUCUCCAGCUCUUCCCCAAACAACCACUUCAAGCCAGUCUCAACCUCCGGCAAGACAUGAAAAUAACCCAUUCUUCAAAAACAAGUUUCAGCCUGUUGACACUGAAAAAGCAAAUAUUCAACGGAGCUUUCAAAGAGGAAUCUCAAAUGAAAAUAGUUGGAGUGAGUCAGAGGACGAAGAGUCGGAAGACGAUGCACCAAACAGAGCUGGUGCAGCUCAAUUGGCCAACUUAUUAUUUGGAGGAGUGCCAUCUCAAGCGACUGGGAAUUCAAACACCAUGCAAAAAGUUGACAUUCCAUCACAACACACCCCUGUCUCGAGUUCAGAAGAAGAGCUUUAUUCAAGUCCUGUGGGAACUGACGAAGAAAAUAAGCCAUUUGAUAAUGGUAAUAUAUCAAGUAUUCCUCCUGGAAUCUUGAACACCCUGGCAGAAGCUUCAUUUACUCCAACACAGGCUGCUGCUCCUGCCGAAAAUGGAGCUUUUCCUCCUCCCCCACCAUUAGACGUUCCUGUGCCGCCACCUUUACCUGCGCUAUCUGUAGAAACCCCACCUGUUCCACCUUCAGAAAUACCACCACCACCUUUCCCUCCAUCUGCUUCUGCUCCGCCUGCUCCGCCUGCUCCACCUGCUCCACCUGCUCCGCCUUCAGGAAUACCUCCUCCUCCUCCCCCACCACCUGCUCCGCCUUCAGGAAUACCACCUCCUCCUCCCCCACCUGCUCCGCCUUCUGGAAUACCACCUCCUCCUCCCCCACCUGCUCCGCCUUCGGGAAUUCCCCCUCCACCCUCGUUGGGAGAGAGUCUUCCCUCGGCAACUCCAAACAUUGGGGCACUUUUGACGCAAAUUACGGGAGGCAAGAGCUUAAAGAAGGUUGAAACAAAAGUAUCAAGUGGAGCUGAAGUAGGAAGAGUACUUUAA